GAGGCCACUCGCACGCCUGAGCAAGGCAGGUAUCGUGGUAACGCCGUCCUGGGCCCCACACGUUCUGGAGCUUCCCCAGCCCCCAGAUCGAGCAGAUCGCGAGCAAGAGUUCAAUACACAGGAAGCAAUUUGGGGGAUACCAUGAAGCUACUUCAAGUCUUGGAGCCUGGAGACUGCCCCCAGAAGGCAACAUGGUACUCCUUGGCUCCCCCUGGACAUGGUCCCUGUGCUCGAGUUGGCCAUAACUGCCUCUUCCUUCCCCCUGGUCAAGAUACAGAUCAAGGAAAAGUCUUCAUAGUUGGGGGAGCAAAUCCUAAUGGCAGCUUCUCGGAUGUGCACUGCAUUGAUCUGGCUGCCCAUCAAUGGAACGAAGUGGACUGUGAGGGUCUAUUGGCCCGGUAUGAGCAUGCCAGCUUCCUUCCCCUCAGUACCCCUGGCAGGAUCUGGGUAUUUGGAGGAGCAGACCAAUCAGGGAACCGAAAUUGCUUACAAGUAUUGGAUCUUGAAACCAGGAUAUGGAGCACUCCUGAUGUGACUGGCACACCGCCAUCCCCAAGAACAUUUCACACAGCAUCCGCAGUCAUUGGAAACCAACUUUAUGUUUUUGGUGGUGGGGAGAAAGGCGCCAAGCCUGUUCAGGACACACAGCUCCACGUAUUUGACGCAACAACAUUGACCUGGUCACAGCCAGAAACCUGUGGGGAACCACCCCGACCCCGUCAUGGCCAUGUGAUGGUGGCAUUGGGGCCAAAGCUCUUUGUCCAUGGUGGCUUGGCAGGAGAUGAAUUCUAUGAUGAUCUGUAUUGCAUAGACACAAACGACAUGAAAUGGGAGAAGAUAGAGACCACAGGAGAUGUCCCACCAGGCUGUGCUGCCCAUUCUGCUGUGGCCAUGGGGAAGUACAUAUACAUCUUUGGAGGGAUGGCUUCCACAGGGGCACUGGCUACAAUGUACCGAUAUCACAUAGAAAAACAACACUGGAGCCUGCUUAAGUUUAAUACAUAUUCACCCCCUGGACGACUGGAUCAUUCAAUGUGCAUCAUUCCUUGGCGUGUGGCUCCUGCCUCUGUAGAAGAACAUACAAAUGUAGGCAAUGUUAAUAGCAAUGUAGAAAAAGAAGGCUUGGCUGAUGAAGUUGUGAAAGGUGAUGACUUAGAUCAGAAGGAGACAGACACAUUCCUGUGCUUAGUGUUUGGUGGGAUGAAUACUGAAGGGGAAAUCUACAAUGACUGUGUUGUAACACUAGUUGACUAAUAAAAUUCAUGUUUUCUUAAUACCUUUAAAAUUUUCUAUUUUAAGAAAUUAGAAGUGAAGAACUCUUAGGGGUAGAUAAGACUGCAACAUUAAUUUUAUGCUAGAAGCUUAAGUGUUUUGUGCUGUAAAGUGUUUCCAUAUUGGCACUGUCAGAUUGACCAGAAAAAAAAAUGAUCUAUAAAAGUAAAAAACUUUAAAAAUCAUAUGAUGUUAGAGAUGGAAGGGGACUUUAGGCUAGUUCUCAAACUUUUUGUGUGCAUCAUGGAUGCUUUAAAAAAAAACCCCACAAGUUUGCAAACCCCAUGUUAAGAACCUCUGCCUUAGGAUAUAGACUAUUAGAACAUGAAACACAAAAUGUUGGAAUUCCAAACAGGCUUAGAGAUCACCUGGUCCAACCCUCUUAUUUUACUUAUAAGGAAAUUAAGACUUAGUGGUUGGUUCAGUAACUUGCUGAGGUCACACCAACUAGUAAAAGAACCAGGACUGUCAUCAUUUCCUGAUGCCUAGGCCAAUAUUUUACCCCUCUACCACAUUUUCUCCCUAUGAGCAUGGAAAUCCUAUAUUGCACUAGCACUGGGACCUAGAUAGUUGCAGAAACAGCUUAUCAACCAAUGUGCCUAUGUUUCACAAAAGGCAAUACAAUCAGGUGGUCUGUAUUAAACUGCAAUUCUACAGCAAACUCAUUCAUUGCAGCUCGAACUGAAAAGAGAUCUCAGACUACUUAACAGUUUUCAGCAAAAAGCCAUUCAUUCAAGGAGAGAUUGAACAUUCAUUAACUUCAUUGAGUUUUGUAUGAUAGGACUGGACCCACUGUUCUUGGGAGGAUCUCUCUUCAAAGUAACGGUCACUUCCUUUAUUCCUCUCUCUCCUCCCUCCCUACCCCACGUCUUGCACAUCACUAUGAGAUUUGCUUUUAGACAAUUUAGUUCGCAGAAACAAGGAUGGUUUGGCCCAAAGAAUACUGGAAUCAGAAAGCCUUGUGACACUUCUUGGCUGGACUGCUUUACUGCAUGACCUUAGGAAGUCAUUUAACCUCUCUUGGUCUCAUUUUCCUCAAGCACAAAAUGAGAAGGUUAGCCUAGAUGAUCUCCGAGGACCCUUCAUGUUCUGAUUCCUAUAACUCUAUAAACAUAAGACCUACAACUGGUACCUAUUGAUAAACAUUAUCACAUAUAAAUUUCUACCUCACUUUCAAGUCUCUACCUAAGUUCAUCUACCUAAUCUCACUAUUACAGACACCAGCUUUCUGCUUCAAGUAUUCAUUCAUAAUCAGGAGGACCUGAGUUCAGAUCUAGCUUCAGACACUUAGUAACUGUGUCAUCCUGGGCAAAUCACUUAACUCCAAUUGCCUCUUUAAAAAAAGUAUUCAUUCACUUAUAAUCAAUGUUUAUUAAGUGCCUACGGUGUGCAGCAUACCAGGAGAAAGUUUAGAUAAGACACAAGUUCUACUUUCAGCUAUUUACAGUCUAGUAAGGAGAUAAGAUAGCUAUAGAGCACAUGACAUAAAUUAGAGAGGUACAAAAGAAAGUGUGAUGUGAAUUUCGAGGGGAAAAUUCAUUGAGUGUUAGGAGAUCAAGCAUGGCUUCCUGGAAUAGCUGACAUUUGGGUUGGGAUUAAAUAAUGGCUGGGAAUUUGGUUAGAGACAUAGGGCGGGCAUGGUAGGUGUAGGGGAACAGUGUGAACAACAGCAGGCAUGGGAAGAUGGUGGAUUCUAGAGACAGGAAGCAGUCCAUUUUUCCUGGAGCAUAGGUUAUGUAGAAGAAAAUCGUAACAGAUUGUGGAGGGCCUUGGAUGCCAGACAAAGGAAUCAAUCUUACCCAAGAGGCAAUAGAAAGUCCUGGAAUAUUUUUGAGCAGAAGAAUGACAUGACUAGAUUUAUUUGUAAAAACAAAACAAAAUAUAGUAUUCCGGCAGAAUAUGAAGGAUGGAUUGGUAGAAGCAAAGAAGCAAAGAGCAGGAGCAGAAAUAUCUGCAAGGAAGCUAUUACAGUAACCAAGGCAGAUGACCAUGAAAGUUGGUGGUAGUGGGAACAGGACAGGAGAUAUGCAGAGAUGUAAUUGACAGGACUUGAUAAUUGAUUGUAUAUGAGCAAAAGGAAGGAAAGUAACUUCAUGCUUAUGAACGUGGAAAACUGGAUGAAUAGUGCUAUUGCAGAUGGAAAUAAUCUACAAGCAUUUGUAAAGAGCUCGCUGUGUGGCAAGCAUUAAAUUCCUGCUAUGUGACAAAUGCUAGAGGAAAACAUUUCCUGCCCUUAGGAGCUUAAUCAAGGGAGACAACAUGUACAUGUCAUAGGUAUUUACAAAAGAUACAAGAUAAUUUUGGGGUGUCUUUAGCCGUAGUAGAUGGGGGUGAGAAUUAAAGGUUUCAUGCAGGUGUCACUUGAUUCUUGAAGGAAACUAAGGAGUCUAAGAGGCAGAGGUGUGAAAAUAGGAGGAGCAUAUUUAGGGGAGAAAGGUAAUGAACUCUAUUUAGGGCAUGUUGAAUUUAAGGGACCAAUGGGAUGUCCAAGUGGAGAUAUUCUGUAAGCAGAGAAUUUGGGAUCAUAGAUUUAGAACUGGAAGAUACCUUAGUGGCUAUCUAGUCUAACACCCCCAUUGAGUAGAUGAGAAUCCUAAAAACCUUAUUUCAAAGUUAAACUUGAUUAUUUGUAAUUAUUCUCUAGCCUUUUGCUCAGUAUUCCUUCAGAAACUAAGUUAUUAAUCUCCAAUUCAGUGUCAUCCAUCCCUUUGUACCCAAUGUCUAUGCAUAUGUGCUUAGACUUUUGAAAAGAUUGUUUAAAGAAUUAGUACCAAAAUAAAUAAAGCACUCAAAGAUUGAAGUAUAAUCUGUUGUCAUUUCCAAAGUUGCCAAGGCGGAGUAAAAAU